AACUCAGUGUUUUAUUAACGACCUUCACCUUGAUGAUGCUAUUACGACUAAAAGCCACAUUGCGGUCCAAAUUUUGACAAAAAUAAGUAAAAUCUUGCAACCUCAUCGUGUUCUGUACAAAGUAAAUCACGAAUACGAGUGAUGUCUGGCACUGGCAAACACAAGAGUGCUAUGAUGUCUGCAGAGGUGACACCUGGUUCAUCAACAGAUGUGGAGAAGGCCAUUGCAGAUGGGGAAACUACUGCACCACCACCCAGCAAGAAAGCCAAAUAUGAACCUAAAUCUGAAACUGAGGAUGUGAAUGCUUACAUGCAGAGAACAUUUGAUGUGCGUAGAAGUUACAUUACUGUUGAGUUACCUCCAAUUGUUGAAGUAAAGGAGACAUACCCAGAAAUGUUCACUGGCCGCCAAAUCAUGAUGGAAUUUCAGAGAAUCACUGACAUUGACCUUGACAUUGCCCUACAAAGGUACUGUGUAGAUUACAAGCAGGAUAUCAAUGACAUGUGUCAUCGGAUUGCCAGUGCAAAAGAGGUUUUGAAGAAGGCAGAAAUUGUGAAGAAAGAGAUUCCUUCCUUGGAGCCAUACUGGGACAUGGUGGUGUCCCUGUGCCUCAUCCCGUACAUGAUGAAGGAAAAUCUGUGCGAUAUGGUCAUAGAGAUUGGUGAAGAUGAGCAAGUAGACCCAAAAGGGAAGAUUGUUCCUGUCCUUAUUUCAAAGGGGAAGGUUCUGAGCAGUGAUGAGUUCAUUCUUGUUGUGGAGGAAGAAAUUGUUCAGGUUUUUGAAGAGUUCACCAUCGCAUUUGCAAGUUUAUUUGCGACAUACUGGAUUUUUAACAUGGAGUACCCAGACACGUUAGUAUAUACGUAUAAUUUUAUUCAGAAAGUUGUGGUUAAUUUAAAGGAUGGAUCAGCGCUGCCUGCUCCCUGCAAGGAAGUCCAGCAGAAACUAUUCAAAAUGGCAAAAGCUCGCAGCAACAGAGACAAGCCUAAGUAGUGUUGGUUUUAGAUACAGAUCUGAUAUACAUUAUACUUUCUGUUACAUUGAAACAAGGCAAACAAAUCUGACCACAAUGGUGCAUGACCUCUUAUAAACACAUUUGUUAUGUUUUACUGUUUUUAAUUCAUAUGAAAACAUGAAUGUUGUCUCAUAUUUUCCAUUUUAUGUUUGAAAAUAGUUUCGUCAUCAUGGGAGGUGUAAUACUGAACAAGUUUUUAUUGAUAAAAAAAGGUUUUCGUGUCACAUGUUAAAAAAUGUUGAAAAGAAUGCACCAACAAAAUAAAAUGAAAGACUAAAAAAUUCUCUAGAUUAUUGAAGCAAUAUUGCAAUAAUGAUUUAUUUAUAGUGAAAUGUUGAUGUUCUUAUUCACUAUUGCAUUCUUCAAAAUUAGAUAACAAGCCCUAAUACUAGUGCUUGCCAUAUAUAUAUAUUUUAACAACCAUGGUAUGGUUUAUGGAAUAAAAAAAAAAUGAGCAAGCCCAGAAAGAUUUUUACAGUGCAUGGCUCUGGGGCCUGUAACCGCUGGUUAUGAGUUUCAAACUCUAGACGACUAGUAAUAUAAAUGCACCCAGAAAAUAUUUGAUUUCACUGAUUUUCAUGAAAAGAUAUAGAGCAAAUAGCUGGAUGGUAAUGCAGAAUGAAGAUGUCAUAGAGAUAAGAUGUAUAUGAUUUGUCAAAUUUUGUUAUUUUUCAGUGGAAUUCACUGACCAGUGUUAGUAUUUUAAGUUGCGUGGUGAUUGCAAGGCAGCAAACCUUUUUUUAUUUGUCUAUAGUGUUUUGUUAUUAGAGAAGGAUUUUGAUUAUCAAUCAAUUCAUGAUUUGUAAAUUUCAUUUUUUCAAAUUUAUGAUUUUGCAUCCGAAAACAUGAGUUUUAGCAAUGAUUGAAACUAUAAAAAGAUCAUAUUUUGAUAUGGGCCGAUAUGAUGAUUGUGUUGUUUUUAUUUGAAGUAUAUGUGACAAUGUCUCUUUAAUAUUGAUGCUAAAUAUGUUUUUAUUGACACCAUUAUGUUAUUAAGCAUUUAGUUUUAACUUGACAAUUUCUGAAAACUAUGGUAAAUCAAUAAUUAGUUAUACUGUACUACAUAUUCAACAGUAUAAUUCAAAACCAGUUUGAUUCACCUGUUUUAUAAACCAGCACCUAUCAAGGACUCACCAGUGGCUGGCUUACAGCAUUUCCACUAAGUUGUCCAAACUGUCACUUAAGAUUUUGUUAAGUCAUGUUGCUGUAGAAUUGCUUAAAUUACACAAACUUUGUUUACCACGCUGUUAAUUGAGGAGCUUUUGUCCGUCCAUCACCAAACUUGGCCAAUAUGUGUUUGGGCAGUGUUAUGGCUCUUGAAUUGUGUUAUCUACACAAACUUAAAAAAAAACAACACUUUUUUAUUAAGGUCAUUGUUUACAGGGGACAGUUUGCCACUUGGGCCCUUUUACAAGUUACGGUGAAGACACCCUAGACCUUUUUGUGGGUAAAAAGCAUGUUUUUUUUUCAAUUGCAAAUGCGAUGGUAAACUCUUUUGGACAAUUAAGGUUAAAAAUUGGAGUAAAAUAUCAUUAACGCAGUAAAUAUAUCAGUCAAAAACAUCAUUUAAUGAUUACUGAGAUUCUUAUUAUUUUAAAAAAGUAUUGAAUUUCCGAUGCUAUUUGGGGGAGGAAAAACAGGGUCUGGGCCUUGGGAAAGUAGCCAGGUAUCAUCCAUGUCAAAGGAUGGUAGAAAGGCCCUGCGUCAUUUUUGUGACGUCUGCAAAGCAUGGCAGACAAACGGAUAACAGUUUACAUUAUUUGGUCUCGGUGUAGCUGUCACACUUGAAUUUGAUCAGAAACUCUUGAAAAACUUGUGGUAGCAUAUUCAACCUUGGUUUGCACAUUGCUCAUGGCCAAGAUAUGACCCCUGUUGAAUUUGGGCUUUGACAUUAUUAGAAAUUGUUUUGGCACUUUUGUUUCCAAUUAGUAACUUAAAUAUGGUGUUGAAUCUUCAGACCUUGUACGCUCAUUGGUCGUGAUCAGUUAAUUGUCCCUCACUCCAAUCAAGCAACAUGUCUGAUUUGCAGAACUCUAGUUAUUUGUGAAGUUCACUUCUAUACAUGUAUUAGUACAGAAUCUACCUUUGGUAGCAUCUUAGAGAACAAAAAAAGUACCAAUUUGAUUUGCUCUUUUACAUCUGUGGAAGAUUUUACUAUAUAUGUUAAUGUUGCCUUUAAAUUAUUUAAAGAACUAAUACCAAUAAAAUCCAUAUGUAAAUGCAUGUGAAUCUAAGUAAACUGCUAUAGAUAUUCAUAUGCUCAUUUUGUUAUAAACUGAAUACAUGUACAUAUACAUCAUAUGCAUUCAAGUAACAUGUAUUAACCUCUUUCUGUUACAUAAUAACAUACAACCGUUUUCAUGCUUUUCUAGAAACUUGUAUUUCAUGUAAAAUAUACAUUCCAGUUUGCUGUAUUUUAGUGAACACUCAUACAGUCAGAGUGAAAACUCCCAUACUCAAAACGUCCAUGAUACCACAUUACAAAGAUGCAUUUUAGAUUUGAUCAGGUAAAAGUGUAUGCAUAUAUGUUAACAACCUUUCUUACUUUAAGUUGUGUAUUUUAGUUGAACAUUUCUUCAUCCAAUGUACAUGUACAUAUUGCAGGACGUUCUAAAAUCUUAACAUAUAUAUGUGGCUGCUUGUGGCAGUUCUAAACAAUCACACACCUGUUCAUUUUAGAUUGGUAUUUGACAAAUUAGCAGCUUGCCUUUAUUUCACUCAAAUAUCAGACUUUGUGAAGAUUUCAUGCACAUAUAUUCAUUCUCAAAUGGCAUGUUACUUGUUUUGACUUUGCGAAACAAAACUAUUUUUGAUUGAUUUCAUUCUUUUGAUCUAAAAUCUAGUCAAAUACUGAUUGUAAUCAUUAAUGCAUGGAUAAUGGAUACAAUUGGCUAUGCUUCAGAUUUAGUAAACAUUAACAUACAUAAUUUUAUGUUAUUCACUAAGAGACGAAGCUCAUCGUAUACACAUCACAAAUCACAUGUUCAAAACAAAACAUACACACAUUACGCCCAUAUUAUAAGUAUUUUGUUUGACAUACUGCCUACCAGUACAACUAUGUUACACUUAUUGAUGUUAGGUCCUGUCAUGUGAAAACAUGUGCCAUUGUUCGAGAUAAAAGUCCCUCUUAUCCAUAAUAUGUCAGCUACUUACAUUAUUUAAAGGUGCACAAUAUUGCCUUAUGCAUUUUUUUGUUAUUUUGCAUUAUGGUGUUUAACUCGUUUGACUUGAAUGAUCAAAAUAAAAAAUGCAAAUGAUUAGGUAAUGAUUUAGGUACAAAUAUUUGACUGGAUUGUGCAGUUAGCGGACUCGCUUCCCACCAAGGCGACCUGGGUUUGAUUCCCGACCUAGGCGCAUGAGAUUUUGGUUGGUGGUUACCAAGCCAGACGUUUCUCUGGUUUCUCCGGUUUCCCCGACAACACAAUACCUCACCUAGAGUGACUUAGUAUAAGUUAUUAUAACUUUCUUUGUAAUCGUUGUAAGAUAAAAAAAAAAAAUUAAACUAAAUUAAAAAAAAACAUUAAUAAAUUCUAAUAUGUUGUUAUCUGUACCUAUUUUUAUACAUAUUAUCAUUAUAGUCAAAUGAGUUGAAGAUAAAAAUGCAUUUAAAUGAAAAAUAAUGCAUCAACCUAUUUAAUGCACCUUAAAGUGUUUGCAUUUGCCAGUCUUGGUUUAUGUUUGCCAAACUAACAUGGGCACCAUUUUAUUCUAUGAUCCCAGAAUCAGUUAGAAGUGCCCCAGGCAGGUGGUUACGUACAUGUACAUGUAGGUGUAGGUUCGUGCAUCUUUUCUUACCAUAAUGUUAUUGAGUAUUGUUAUGUUUCAGUUUAAUGGUUAUAUAUGUAAAAUUGUAUGAUAGUUUUCUUGUGUGUCGCAAGUGGCAGGAGUUGUAAGACUAAUUAGAAAGUUUGAUUUUGUUUGAGUUUUCAUUACCUUAAGUUUUAUUAAGAACUUCUCUUUUAUUCACAUAACCACUUUUUAAUUUGGGAAAGUAAUGAUUCAUUUUGAUAAAGUUUUUAUAUAUUCAAAUAGCUGUAUUUGUAUCAAAACAUGGUAUUUUGGCAAUAACUAUUUGUACAAGGCAGGAGUAUUUGAAUUGAAGAUAAGAGUCUUGUAUGCAGCAUUGCCAUGGUUACCAUGGUUUCAUAUGAUCACAGUCAAAAUAUUUGUAUCAAUGUAAGUCACAUGUCAUUCAAAGAUGUUUGCUUUGUUUAACUGUUUGUUGACUUUGUUUUGUUAAGCUUGAUCAUUAAUGUGAAAUUCAUUUCGUGCAAAGCUGAGCAAACCUCAUUUUAUUUGUUGCUCUUUUUCCUCGAUGUGGAAAGAAUCAUGUUGAAAAUGAUGGUAUUAAUAAAUAACCAAUCAUGCAUAUUUUGUCACUUUCAGCUUUUUGUUAAAUUCAUCUGAACAGUUUCAUACAUUACAUUUGCUGUUCAUUGUUAAUACUUUAGUUAAUACAUAUUUUGU